AUGCCAAGACACAAACAAGCCGACGCGCUUGUUGAGCUCAAACCAGGACAAAAGUCUUCAACACGUGACGCCUCCAGCCAUUGCAUGCUGGGUCACAAGAGCCACAACUCAAUAGAUUUCCACCAGCUGUACGAGGAGAAGCAGACAGUCACCCUCUGCUUGCCCUGCUCCUCGUUGGACGUUUUGGAGGGGCCUCGCCUUGUGCAUUUCCAGGUACAGUACAAGUUCAUGCUCCUCUCCGUCGUGAAAGCGCUGCAAUCUCUGGUGCCCUCGCAACAGCUGCGUCCUACGAACCCCGUAUCUUUUUUCUGCUACUCCGCAGCAUUCCGUGAUGAACACGGAAACCCUACCAAUCACCCAGGUCUACAACUGCAAUUAUCCGACUUUGCCUGCGAAGAGCUUACAGUGGAUGUACUCGACGGUGAAGAGCAAAAGAUCACAGUUUCCACGCAGGAUCUCUGUCAGUAUCUUGCUGCUGCAGAAGACAAGAUCACAAGGCAAAAUGCACUCAUCAAGCAUACUGUCGUACCGGGAGUCAAGAAGAGGAAGAGAUUGGAAACACCCCCUGAAGAGAUUACGUCGAGCGAUGAAGCAAGGUAUGUUAAGAAAGAAGAGAGAGAAGCAAAGCGCAUAGCAGACGAGGAUCUAGAUUUUAAGAUUACACCAUGCUGA